AUGAUCCACCCUCGUUUUCUAAUCUUAAGCGCCGAGAUUCAAUCAAGGCCGUCAUCUCAAAUCACGCUUUCUGUCUAUGGAUUGAACUGCUUCAAUUACGAAUCGAGCGCUAUCGACAACAACGGCUCACCUGGGUGCUCGCUCACCUUCACCUCACUUAGCCACUUUUUGCCCUCCGAUUUUAAGUCGACCAUCACAUUUACACGGACAGAGGAAGCUGAAUCGAAAGCACAAAAGACAGCCAUGGCGGAGCCCCGCGCCCGUGCUGCAAGGCACAAAGGGCAGAUGAACUUUGCUAGCGACUUGCGAGCCUUACUCUCCGGCUACGGUGAUCGCGAUGCUCACCCCUACUGCCCGCCAGGCCCGCUACCUGAGACGGUGCGCGUGCUCGACGAAAUCGUCACCGACUUCAUAUUAGAAAUGUGCCACGGAGCCGCUGCAUAUGCCAGCUAUGCGCGACGGCAAAAGAUCAAAGUCGACGACUUCCGCUUCGCCUUGCGCCAUGAUCCGCUCAAGCUUGGUCGUGUGCAACAGCUCCUGCAGAUGGAUCGCGAGCUCAAGGAUGCUCGUAAGAUCUUCGACCAUGAUGACGACCAGGUAGCUGGCGGUCGGAAGGUGGCUGAAGAGCUGGAUGUUAGUGUCGACGGUACCGUUGCCACUGGCACGGGCAAAAAGAGCAAGGGUAAGGGCAAACGGAGUGGUAGGCGUGCAUCUGACGCCGCGGAGGAAACUCCUUCUAAGAGACGUAGAGUCGACGGUUGA